AUGAAGCUGUGUUGCAGUUUAAGAAUGAAGCCAAUUAGAGUCACGGAUGAACUUUUAAACACGCUCAACUCGAAUGACAGCAUCAAUAUUUUCAACAAUCCUGAGAAGGCAUCAACCGACCGCGAGCUGAUAAAAACCAGCUUCUGGAUGGCCGCGACGCGCCAAGGGUGCGCCGGCCAAUACCGAUUCUGCUUGCACGACGACGUGGGUCCUUGGGACUCGACGGACGACUUCUGGGACAUGGUCAACCCGCGGGACGACGGCUCGUGUUUGGUCGUCGACCGGCAGUACGCGAAGGAAGGGGCGCCGUUCGGGGUGCGCCAGGUGCAGUGCUCGGCAUCCACGGCCAAUUUCGCCUGUCAGGUGGACGGCAAGAGGAUCAACGACCUGGUCAAUGCAGGAUCAGCAGACAAAUCUGAGGUUUUAAUCAUGAUAUUGAUAGCAACCAGAUCCUUUUUUAAGUUUAUAGGGAAAUAA